AUGGAGGUGUUCUCUGCAAAUUCUGCGGAGUUCGAGAACGCAGCUGUGGAGUUGAUGACCAAGCUGAUAACAGAGACACCUGACCAGCCAAUCCCAUUUCUAAUUGAUCAUCUUCAGUCCAAACAGGGGAACCGCAGUCAGCUUCAGAGAACCUUGUCUGGCUCUGCUGCCCUUUGGGCAGAGAGUGAAACAUCAGAAAAUAAAGGAACAAGGAGAGAUUUUAGAAGUUAUGAUAAACCUUGGCAGGUAAAUGCAAAAAAGCCUAAAAAGUCAAAGAGCGACCUUGCCGUGUCCAACAUUUCUCCACCUUCACCGGAGUCCAAGUCAUUGCCAAGGUCAAUAGAGCAUCCUAAAUGGGAUUGGAGGACAAAACCGGACAACCAUGAUUUUGAUGAACUAAAUCAUAUUCUUCAAGAGAGCAAAAAACUUGGAAAAGCCCUUGAGAAUCUGUCUCGCAGCAUUGCUAUUUCUGAUGAACAUGAUAAGGACACAACAGGUUUUAACACCCCGCUUCUGAGACCUCGUGUGAUUGGAGAAUGGAUUGGUCGUGAAGAGAAUGAUGCAGACCCACUAGCUGCUGAGAUGCUGCAGCCACCAAUACCAAGAAAUAAAAAUGAGCAGUGGGACAGCGAGGAUAGUAGCAGUCCUGGAGGAAGCUUAAAAAUGGAGCCAAAAACGAAAGGACUAAAACAACAACAGCAGCAACAUAAGAAACUGCUGGCUGCCAUGCUUUCUCAGGACUCCUUUGAUUCUGCUCAAAGUACAGCUCCAUCUGUAACAGAGGAAGAUAUUGACAAUGAAGAUGAUGCAAUGGAACUGCUGGAGGAUCUUGAUGAUCUAAGAAUGGAAGGUGUAACAAGUGUGAUGUCUUCUGGGAGCAAAUUCAAUCAAGCUCGAAGUGCCCAUACGGCUGAGCCUCAAGCAAAGGUCACCUUGAAUAUCUGCGCGAGAUGUGCCAGAUUGCAAGGAGAUAAUUUGGCAGAAAGACCAGAAGACGGCUCCAUGGUAUCUCAAGCAUCCGAGCCAGCAGUGUCGGAUUCUGAUGCUCAAGUACCCACAGUUGAAACAAGUACAGAAGAUAUUGAUGAAUUUCAGAGUGCCUCUCAAGUGGUAGGAUCUUCUCAGACAGUUUGGACCCUGGACGCCAUGGGUGUCAGACCUGGAGGUUCUCCAAGACAGAAACUCUUAAAGGACUCCUUAGCCGCAAAAGAACUUCAGACCAUGGAGAAACACCUAGCUGAUAUUGAGAAGGACCUAGCACUUUGGGAAGAAGCAAGGCUCUCAAGAAGCCCUAGUAUCCAGCGUCAUAGUUUAGUUACAUCUGACCAUCAAGGCAAUCUUCAAGCUACACAGGGCCAAAAUCCGAGGCCUCAGGUGCCAACUCAGAUGGGGAAGAACAUCCAGCUCCAAGGAACCAAAUCACCACCACUGCCCAGUAACGGCAGAACACAGGUCUCCAGUGUUGCAAACAGCAGGCCUCCAACACCCGGUAUACAAACCAACAGGCCAUCAACUCCAGGGAGCAGACCUGUGACCCCAAAUAGCUUGCUGUCACGGCCUCUUACCCCUAGCAACCAAGGAAAUAGGGAAGGCAACAUUAGUAUCCAAAGAAGCAGAUCUUUGACAUCUAAAAGCCAAAUGGGGAGGACCCUCAGCGCCGCUUCAGGGCUCUCUGUGCAAAUGAGUGGAGACAUUGUUGGAACUGUCACUACUCAGAGAAGCAGUUUAUCAGAAGAUGAAUUCUUACAACAGCUUCAGCUUGCACAUCAACCCUGGAUAUUGCCGAGUGAUACAGAAAGUGAAGGAGUGGAAGCUGACCAAGACAAAU